UUGUACCAUUUGGUGUAGGAUUCCAGCUGCAUAGAUUUUAUUAUCAUCAAUCUGAAAAACUGAAAAACUGUGGAGUGUACUCUGGAAGAUAUCAAAAAUGACCGAAUCAAUGGGGGUUGAGGUAAAAGGUCCCGACCCCAAACGCGGUUACUUCCAUGGGAUGAUGUGAUUUUUCUUUGUUUACUCUAUUUUUUAAUCCAAGUCAAGCAAGAUCAUACCGACAAAUGCGUUUUCAACUUUUUCCUUCCAUGAAAUGAACGAAUUCAUCGUUUUGCUGAACGUGGACUCACAUCCUUGUUGAUCUGGAAUUCCCUCUCUCAAAUUUAUCCUUAAUCUCUUCCAUGCUUGGUUCAAUGGCCCCACAAAUCCCCAAUCCUACUGCUCAAGACCCCAAUGAUGUAUUUUUCAUAGAAUGUGCUGAUUCUUCUCUUUUGGAUGCCUUUCCUACGGUGAUGGUGAGCGAAAGUUUGUGUUUCUGUUUUCUUGGUCUUUUUUAGCUUUAGUUUAGUAACUUCUGUACGGUGAUUAGAUAUCCUUUCUCAGUAAAAUUGCUUGCCACUAUUCUAACCAUCUUCAUCUUGAUGUGAAUAACCUAAUCAUAUAUGUGUGCAUAUGAUUUAAACAAUCUUCGUAGUAGAAAAUCUAUGAAAGAAAUGAAAAUAGAGUGUGAAUCCUAGAUUCUGUUCUUGUGAAAAUAGACAAUCUUCUUGGUUUUUGGUUUCCAGAUUCUGUUCUUGUGAUAAUAGAGUGUGAAUUAGAAGUUGUAUGAGGAAUAGGAGGUAAGCAAAUCUCAAUACACUAAUACUCAAGUCUUGUUAAAGAAUGAGAAGGUCAAUAACUAGGAAGUUUUGUGAUUGGUGUGAGUGUGACGAAUUUAUUUUAAUUCUUUAUAUUUCAUGAUAGUAGAAUUUUAUUCAAGAAUAAGAAAUAAUUUUAUUCAUAGAGAUAACUUCAUUAUACCUUUGAUUUAUGUGGCCUAUAAAUUAUAGGUCAUCUCCAAAAGAAAGACUUUGAACGUGUCAUCUCCAAAAGAAUAAGAAAUGUUAUACAGUGUGGAUUCUUCAUUCAUUGUUGUUAUGACUUAUUUCCCUCUUUAGGAUACCUACAUUUUAUUUUCCAGUUCCUUCAUUCCAAUUUUUAGUCCAACAGGGGCACACAUGUAUGUACACAAAAAAAAUCAAGUAGAUACUACCUUUGUAUAAAUUUUAAGUUAUUGACUUUGUGUCCUUCUCCAAAGUCUAAUUUUUAAGUUUAUGCUAGAUUAGAACUUAUUAUGUGAUUUGUUGAUCCAUCUUUUGAGCCACUAAUAUUAGUAGAAGAUUCCACUAUAUAGCUUGUAAGAUCAACCAUCCGGUUCUCGAGGUUGUCUUCUGCACUUGUUGAAGCUGUUAGCUCUCCCUCACUUGGAAGGUUCCUCGGCUGUUCUACCCUGUUAUCAAGUCCAUCUAACAUUUUGUGUUCUCAUAUUUGUGUUUGCUCAGAGAUUUUUGGUCCAAUCCUUUCAACUUUUUGCUUGGAGUUAAGGGAAGAAAUGAUGACGGCGGAGACACAAUUAAAGCCUCUUUAUCAAUAUUUAAUAGACCUGGUCGCAAGGUUGGUAAAGCUAAAGAUCAUUGGAUAGAUGAACGAGACAAAGCCGCAGCUCAUUUGCAUAUUCUACUCAAUGAAAGCAAAGUUAGCCCUUUCUAUAUGUUUUGGAAAGAAACUUGUCCUGGAGAAAGCGAUGACCGAUUUUCCCCUUGGUUUGCAUCAUAUGUUCAAAAUCAAUGUAAUGAAAUUGUUGAUCCUGGUUUGCAAUCACUUUCUUGGGGUCCUUCAAACAAAGCAACAAGUUAUCCAAUUUAUAAAGUAAAUGGAUAUACAUUUCAUACCCUUGCAAGGUCAAAAGGAAAAAAAACUGAUAACACCGGUGUGUUUGUUAAAGGUGAUAUAGGCAGCGGGAAAAGUGAUUGGUUUGGAGUAUUAGAAGAUAUACUCGAACUUGAAUACACUGGUAGUGACUAUAAUCGAGUUGUUUUAUUCAAAUGUCAAUGGUAUGAUCCAAGUCGUCCAAAUGGAACACGUAUUCAUAAUGACUACAAAAUAACUGAAGUCAACCAUAGUAAAAGAUAUCGCCACUAUGAUCCUUUCAUUGUCGCCCAAAAAGCUAAACAAGUUUACUUCUUACCUUAUCCUGGAAAUUGCAAGUCUAUGUGGCGUGUUGUUGUAAAUACUAAACCAAGAGGUCGAAUUGAAAUCAAUCAUGUACAUGUAGAGGAGGAUGAGGAAGAGAAUGAUGUAGCUUAUCAAGCGGAUGAGAGCAAUCCUUCUAGGAUUUCUGACACCGAGCCUCCUAUCAGUCUUAAGUCUCCAUUUGGAGAGGACCCCAUUGUCGAAUUGUCCAUCGGCUCUAGUUCUGGGGCUAAUAAAAAUAAAGAUGAUGAUGUUGCAGACUUUGAUGAUGAUAUUGAUUUUUAAUAGGUGGCAAUAGUGAAGGAAAUUCAUUGGGAAGGUAAAAGGGUAGCAGUGCACGAAUGAGAUAGUUUGUUCUUCGCAUAGAAGAGAAUAUAGGUCAUGGCUCCUCGGGUCAAGGGUAAAGGUGUCAAGGGUCAUAGAAGUUCUCGCACCACUGCCGCAGCCGCUAUUUCAACCACCUCCACCUCUUCUGGGACUUCGGUUGUGCCAGAUUUUCAGUCAGGAUCACUUAGCCAGCAACCGUAUUUGAUGGUACCUAAUCCAGGCUACACGGGUCUUCUUCCACCAAGUUGGCCUACUCCAGGAUGUAUGGGUCCCCCUCCUCCACCCCCUCCUCCAAUUUCGAUUCCUCCUCCGCUUCGCAAUUCCAAUCUAUUAGUUGAUUCAGAGACACCUGGAAGCUCUAGUACAUCUCCUCCAUCAGAGACUGCAUCGGUUCCUAAUAGUGUCACAAAAGAAAGAUUGGUUCCCGAUGGAAAAACAAGUUGGUUACCUUUCCCUCCUGGUUCUCAGAAGAUUACAGAGAUCAUCAAGAAACGAUAUGAUAAACCGUACAAAAAGUUUGGAGAUGUCCCUCUUCCGACAAAGAAGCUUUGGUUUAAGGAGUGGAAGAGCCACUUUCUUAUUGAUGAUGAUGAUGAUGAGUUUUUCUGGAGGGCUUUCAAGUAUAGGACAAGUAAGCGAUUUAGCCAAAUGAUGUCAGAUAUCCGUGAGGGUGUGGAUACAACCCACGAAUGGCUAAUUUCUGCUUACAAAAAGGUGUUGGAAAGGUAUUGGAAAACAGAUGAGAAAUCGAAAAAUAUAAGGAAAAAAGCAAGAGAGAAUCGAGCGUCACUCUUAGGUGGUUCUGUCCAUUGCGGUGGUUCUAUUCCAUUGAGCUCAACUAUAGAGAGGAUGAAGAAGCAGUUGGGCUGUACACCAACCCACGAGGAGGUUUUCAAAGAAACCCACACACUUAAAAGUGACAAGUCUAAAUGGGUGGACAAGCGCUCUCAAGAUACUCAUGAGAAGUUUAUAAAAAAGUUGGCAGAAGUUCAGGCUCAACAUGCCGAGGCUCAAGCACAGGGAAUGGAGCUACAACCAAUUGAUGAAGACUUGAUUUAGGAGGAAGUGUGUGGUGGGCAAAAGAAGAAUCGAGUUUACGAAAAAGGGUCAUUCUUUUCUAGCUCUAUCAAGUCUGGAACCACUUCUGCCAAUUCUGUAUCUAGAAGAGCACCAAGAAAUCAAAAUUCUGUUCCUGAUUUGCGAGAACAGAUUCAUAAUCUCAAUGAAGAGCUUUUUCAGCGUGUUACUCAACAAACAGAUGAGCGUAUUAGUAAGUUGUUAGAUACACGCUUGGCUCCUUUGGAAAAGACU